AUGUCCAAGAUGCAAGCGUCGAUCAUCCUCCCGCCGUCGAAGAAAGGGCCGAAGCCGACGCCCGGGGCGGCGCCGGGCGGAGGGAAAGGCGCCGUCGUCGCGAACGGAAAAGGCAAGGUCGUGCACCUCACCGAAGCCGCGACGAUGGACGCGGCCGCGGACAUCCUCACUAAGGAGAAGAUCUCGAACGACGUCAAGGUCGUGUACAAGAACCUGCUCGAGUCGUACAAACCCGCGAGGGCGCGCCCGGGACGACCGCUGAAAGGUACGGCGCCGGGGGAGCCCAAGAAGUGCCACGGCUCGGAUCUGAUCCACGCCGCGAGGGUGCUGUUAGACACGAAGCAGUUUGUGAAGACGUACUGCUCGACGUCGGACAUGCUCGCGCUCAGGCCGCCGGCGAGCGCGACCGCGGGGAAGAGCGGGCGCCCGCCGAUGGUCUCGAAGGGCGUCCGCGUCAUGGUCACCGCGGUGAUCGACUCUCGGAACAAAGGACCGAAGGUGUCAGGCCUGAGCAUCAAAGAGAAGAAGAAGCUCAAGUACGGGAUCGAGACGAAACCGCCGCCGGAGGUUAUCCUUCUACCGCCCGAACCGAUGCUGUGCGACUUGAAGAACGCGGUGAACAAGGUGUUCUCGGACCUGUACGUCGUCCUCGCGAAGUACAGGGUGCGGCACGUCAUCGGGUUCGAGUCCACGCAGGAGAAGGCGCGUUUAAACGCGAAGAAAAUUGCCGGCGCGUCCCUCGAGGUGCUCGGCGACGGCGCGGACUUAGAGUCCGAUUUCCGGUACCAAGGCGGGUUAGACCAGUGGAUCGUAAGGUGUGUGUGCGGGACGUGCGACGACGACGGCGAGCGGAUGAUCGCGUGCGACGUCUGCGAGGUGUGGAUGCACACGCGAUGCGUCGGGAUUUCAGACUCGGAGAACACGCCGCGGCGGUGGACGUGCAAGGAGUGCAUCGAGGACGAGGCAGAGGCGGCGAAGAACGCGCCUCCGCCGCCGCCGCCGCACCCGCGGGAACGCCCGCCGCCGACGAAGCGACGGCCGCCGCCGGAGCGCAUCAUGAAGCGACGCAAAGCGACGAAGAUGUGAUCGUUUUUAGUUCAGAAUGCAGUUUGCAGCGAAA